CUCUAAUAUUGCUUUUGGUUUGGUAAAAUUGAUACAGCGAGGGAGGUUUAACUAUUGGUUUUGUUUGUACAAGUAAUCAGGUUUGUUAACUGAUUGAGAGUUGGGUAAAAAGCACAGAGAGAGAGAGAGAGAAAGAGAAAGAGAAAGAGACACACACAGAGAGAUGAAGAAAGGGUCUCCCUUGUGGUUGUCAAGGUAUUGUGGAGUUGCUAAAGAAGAUAAAAAAAGCUCAGGUUAGAGCAAUUCUCACAGGACUAGUGUUCCAGAGGUAGAGAGAAAAGGGUUUUAAUUGUGCGAGUGAAAGAGGAAAAAAGGAAGAGAGAGAGAGAGAGAGAGAGAGAGAGAGAGAGAGAGAGAGAGAGAGAGAGAGAGAGAGAGAGAGAGAGAUGGUGGGCUCAGGAGCAUCAGAUAGGAGCAAAGAAGCAGUUGGGAUGAUGGCCCUUCAUGAGGCCCUCAGAAGCGUCUGUCUCAACUCAGACUGGACUUACUCAGUCUUCUGGACCAUUCGUCCUCGUCCGAGAGUUAGAGGUGGUAAUGGCUGCAAAGUUGGAGAUGACAAUGGUAGCUUGAUGUUGAUGUGGGAAGAUGGUUUUUGCAGAGGAAGAGUUGCAGAGUGUUUGGAAGAAAUGGAUGGGGAAGAUCCUGUCCGAAAAGCCUUCAGCAAAAUGUCCAUUCAGUUAUAUAAUUAUGGAGAAGGGUUGAUGGGGAAAGUUGCUUCUGAUAAGUGUCAUAAAUGGGUCUUCAAAGAGCCUACAGAGUGUGAACCAAAUAUCUCCAACUACUGGCAGAGUUCAUUUGAUGCUCUUCCACCAGAGUGGACUGAUCAAUUUGAGUCAGGCAUUCAGACCAUAGCUGUAAUUCAAGCUGGCCAUGGCCUUCUGCAACUGGGUUCCUGCAAGAUUAUAGCUGAAGACCUCCAUUUUGUGCUGAGAAUGAGACAUACUUUUGAAUCUCUUGGCUAUCAAUCUGGGCUUUACCUAUCUCAGCUAUUUUCUUCAACCAGAAACACUUCCUCCUCUUCUUCAGUUCCUUUGAAGCUACCCACUAUUUCAACUCGCCCUCCACCUCCUCUCUUUAAUUGGGGUCCAAGGCCAAUUACAUCUGCUACAUCUGCUCUUGCAAGUCCAAAUUUUCAAAACUCUGGCAGGCUUGGAUUUCCAAUAACCCGAGACGAAACUCACAUGUUUCUCCAUCCUCAUUCGUCUGAGUCACGAAUGGAAGAUAUGAUGGGAGAUCAGGAGGCUGAUAUUAAGUGGCCUAAUGGGUUAUCUUUCUUCAAUGCUCUCACUGGACGAACCGACGAUACAAAGCUUUUGUUCAAUCCUGAGGGCUUAGGAAACAAGCCGGACCAAAAUCACCACCACAAUUCAAAUCCAAAUACUGAUGUUUCAAGCUUGCAUAAUAAUGUUGGUGCAAAUCCCAAUGAGUUCUUGAGCUUGGAUAGCCACCCAGAGAGUAUGAGGAAGAUGGAGAACAAGUUUAAGAGGAGCUUUACUUUGCCAGCAAGAAUGGUUUCAUCGUCUUCCUCAACUUCACUUGAUCACCAUCCACACAAUCCUGAGGAGUAUAGGAAUUCCGAAGCAGGAAUGUACUCUGAUUUCAUGGGGACCUUCUUGGAGUGAUUUUAGAAGGAUGGAUCAGAAGUUGUAUCUAGGGUUAAAGCUUUAGCACUCUUUUGCAACUCAAGAGGUCUGUUAUUGUUUGAUGGUCUUUUGUAUUGUGUUUCAUCUAUCGAUCCAAUCAAUUAACAUUUUCCUUCAUCUGUUGUAGACUUAGUUCAUGAAGUUACAUUAGUUUUAUUCACAUUUGUGUCUUUCUGCAUACUGCUAAAAUUAAG